AUGUCGGACGUAAACGAGCCUACUAACCAACCUCCAGUGGACACCGAAGCCUCUACCAAGCCUCCUCUCGAUACCCGGAUAGGAAAGGACUCACCAUUCACCUUUGGACAACGGUUUUUGGAGAAAGAUGAAGAUGUGUUCAACCACAAUGCCUGGGAUCACGUUGAAUGGGGUGAAGAACAAAUCAAGGAUGCUCAAGAACUCAUUUCCAAGCAAUACGACCACCCGGUAAAGGACUUCGACAAGGCACUCUACAAUGCCAACCCAGCCAAAUAUUGGGAUAUCUUUUAUCGUCAUAACCAAGAGAACUUCUUCAAGGACCGUAAGUGGCUCCAGAUCGAGUUCCCUGAUCUUUAUCGAGUCACAGCUGAAGGAUACACCGAACCUACCACCAUUCUUGAAAUUGGAUGUGGUGCUGGGAACACUUUCUACCCGGUUUUGUCUCAAAAUAAAAACCCUAACCUUAAAAUCCAUGCUUGUGAUUACCUGAAGGUUGCUGUUGAUCUUGUGCGGGCCAACGAGACAUAUGAGCCUAACAAUGCCAAGGGGAUUGCCCAUGCCUCUGUGUGGGACUUGGCCAACCCAGAGGGUCAACUUCCAGAAAAUUUGGAGGAAAAUUCUGUAGAUAUUGUCAUUAUGAUUUUUGUAUUUCUGGCCCUUCAUCCUGACCAAUGGAAACAAGCCGUUCAUAACUUACAGAAAUGUCUCAAGCCAGGUGGUCAAAUCUUGUUCCGUGAUUAUGGAAGAUAUGAUUUGGCUCAAGUUCGGUUUAAAAAGGGAAGAUUACUUGAUGACAACUUUUACAUUCGUGGUGAUGGAACCAGAGUUUAUUUCUUCACUGAAGAUGAACUCAGACAAAUUUUCUGUGGAGCUGCUGUUAAAGGUGAGUCUGAUGAGGCAUUGGUGGAACCUACCGGGCCAUUUGUAGAGGAAAAAAUUGCCACUGAUAGACGUCUUUUGGUCAAUAGAAAGAAACAUUUGAAGAUGUACCGUAACUGGCUCCAAGCGGUAUUCAAAGUUCCAAACUAG